AUGGCUGCGUCAAUUCAAACCGUCUCGGAGAGCAAAGAGUUGCGCGGGCUCAAUUUGAUCGCCGCUCAUUCUCAUAUUCGCGGCUUGGGUGUUGAUCCAGAUAGUCUUGAACCCCGCGCAUCCUCCCAGGGACUUGUAGGUCAGGAAAAGGCGCGUAAAGCUGCUGCCGUCAUUUUACAAAUGGUCAAGGAAGGGAAGAUAGCAGGUCGAGCAGUCUUAAUUGCGGGUCCUCCGAGUACUGGAAAGACGGCGAUAGCAAUGGGAAUGGCACAAUCUCUAGGCUCGGAUGUGCCAUUUACCAUGUUGGCCUCUUCAGAAAUAUUCUCCCUCGAAAUGUCAAAAACCGAAGCCCUUACUCAAGCCUUCCGAAAAUCGAUAGGCGUGCGCAUAAAGGAGGAGAGUGAGAUGAUUGAAGGAGAGGUCGUUGAGAUCCAGACCGACAGGAGUGUAACGGGCGGUACGAAGCAGGGCAAAUUAACUAUCAAAACCACCGACAUGGAGACGAUAUACGACAUGGGAAGCAAAAUGAUCGAUUCCAUGACAAAGGAGCGCGUGAUGGCAGGUGAUAUUAUUUCAAUUGACAAAUCCUCGGGCAAAAUUACCAAGCUGGGGCGAUCAUUCGCAAAAUCAAGAGAUUACGAUGCAAUGGGUGUAGAUACAAAGUUCUUGCAGUGCCCUGACGGAGAGCUGCAAAAGCGCAAAGAGGUUGUCCACACUGUGAGUUUACACGAGAUCGAUGUCAUCAAUUCGAGAACGCAAGGUUUCUUGGCUCUCUUUUCAGGAGAUACUGGAGAAAUCAGAAGCGAGGUUCGCGAUCAGAUCAACACGAAGGUUGCAGAAUGGAAAGAAGAAGGAAAAGCCGAAAUUGUGCCUGGCGUUCUUUUCAUCGAUGAAGUCCACAUGCUGGAUAUCGAAUGCUUUUCUUAUAUUAAUCGCGCGUUGGAAGAUGAGCUCGCACCUAUCGUCAUAAUGGCAAGCAACCGCGGAAACUCUAGAAUUCGAGGCACGAAUUAUAAAAGUCCCCAUGGAUUACCACUUGAUUUCUUAGAUCGGGUCGUCAUUGUUAGCACUCAUCCAUACGCCAAGGAAGAGAUUCAGCAGAUACUCUCCAUUCGUGCACAAGAGGAGGAAGUCGAUGUUUCCCCCGAUGCACUAGCUUUACUUACUAAGAUUGGGCAAGAAACUGGUAUCAGAUAUGCCAGCAACCUCAUUACCACAUCACAACUUAUCUGUGCCAAGCGAAAGGCCAAGCAAAUUGGUAUCGAAGAUGUACAACGGAGCUUCACUCUCUUCUUCGACUCUGCACGUAGCGUAAAAUUUGUUACAGACUUUGAAAAACGUCUCAUUGGGGAGGAAGGAGGUGUGAAUUUGUCAGUGACCAAUGGUCAUGGCGAUGCAAUGGAACUUUCAUGA